AUGCGUUUCCACAUCUACGCUCUCGUGAUUUUAGUGCUACACGUCCCUAAAGUGCAUUUAGUCCACGAGAAAGUCGAGCGGAACUGUAAUAGUGUCUUAAACGACAAGGUUCUACUGAAACGUGCCACUUUGCAGUCGAAAUACGUGUUCACGGGCAAGGUGUACCGUGUGAAUUACAAGAACAAUGUGCGAGUGUAUAAAGUUAAUAUAAGGAGGGUGUUGAAAGGGGACUUGAACGAAAUAGGUGUGAAAGUUCGUUUCGGGAAGCCCAAAUCCUUGAGAUUUAGCGAUGCGACAGUGAUGGUGGAUAGUGCACAGUCCUUUAAGUGUCGCCCGUUGCGCGUACGCACGUAUGCGAUAUUUCUCACGGAGAAACAUCGCGAUGAAGGCCUAAUGAGUUUGAGCCUUGUUGUCGAGCCAGUGCUGCUAACUUUAAGGAACAUCGCUUAUAUCGAAGCAGCUGUUAAAGUUAUAGAAAAGGUGCACGAAAAUAUUAUCGUCCUGCCCGAAACCAGAUUUUUGCUAUCUUUGUGGGAAACUUUGUCAACUUGCAUAUCCUUAAGUUUUUUACUCAUGGCAGGUGUCCAGAAUGUUUAA